GCCUGCAAGAAAGAAACAUACGAACUGGGUUCUUGCGUCCGUCUUAAGGAUAUCCAUAAUCCUCACCUUUUGAGCCUAACUUAUUAGGUGUCGUUGCUUGAAGAUAUUUCAGAACAUUACAAGCAAGUGCCACUAAACUACAUGGUAGUGUUUCGCUAAGUUGGUGGCUUGAUUGGUAUGGGUGGGCGAGCUGGGAGUUUUCAUAUCAAAAGGCGACAUGCAACAAACUGGAUGGUGUGAAUAGGUUCAUGAAGAAUCACUUGUGAUUGAUUGAUUGCAGGGACAUAGCAAUGGCCGCGUACAAGACAAGAGCUCCAUCGUACUUACUUCUUCUCAUACUUUUGGCGUUUGCUCUGGUCAGCUUUCUGAGCUUUCAGAAGAUGAGGGAUUUGCGCCUGGCAAAUGAUUUGAUAGGAAAGAAAGAAGCAGAAAUUGAGAGCCUGCGGGAAGAUUUACAGAGAGAGAGAGAAGCAUCAGAUCAAAUGCGUGAAAAGCUUAAAGAUCUACACAUGCACACUGAUAUAUUGAGAAGUGAAAAGGCGAGCUUGAGCAGACAGCUGACUGAAAUGGAGAUGAUGAAAAAUUCCAUUGAAGAAGGGAAAAACAGAUUGCUAUCAUCUCUUCAGAAUAAAGAGGAUCAGAUAGCUCAGCUGAAGGAGCAGGAGAGGAUGGCUUUUGAGCAGAAAAAUGAAGUACAAACUCUAACUGAGCUCUUAGAUAAAAAGGAGCAUGAGAUUAAUGAUAUGAAAUCUCGACUUGCAGAGUUUGAAGGGGUAGCUGGAAAAUCUGAGAACAAUACAGUAGAGAAGCUGGAAGCUGGAAAAUCAAUGAACAACACACUAGAGAAGAUAGAACCUCACAAGCCUGAUGAUGAUGAGAAGCCUCAGUUUGUAAAUACCAUUGGCAAUAUGAGUGCUGAAGAUAAUUAUACAUAUGCAGCUACAGAAGAUAGAUCUGAUAGGGUAAGACAAGGAAACAGAGAGGAGGAUUUUUUUGAAGGGAGGGCAAUGGAGAGUGUUGAGAAAUCUGCGUUGGGAGACAGGGUGGGAACUACAACCAAUGGCAGUGAGUUGCAUGAUGCACAGUUUGAAAAAUCAACUGAAUUACAUGAUAGAAGGAUCAGAAAUGAAGAGGACGAUGAUAAGGACAAUUUAGAAGAAGAGACUGAGGCGGGAAUUGAUAAUUCAGAUGAAAUGAAAGAUCUAGAUGAUCUUGAAGAUAAUAACGAUGAUAAGGACCCGGAAGACGAGCAAGGUGAGGAGAAUGAUAAGGUCAAUGAAGAAGAAGAAAUAGACAUUUAGUUGAUGAGAAAAAGUGCAUAACAGAAGUGCAAUUCUUCAAGGAAUGGAUACCACUGCAACACUAAAGGCACAUUUUUCCUUGUUAUAAAGGAAGACUGCUGGGUUAUUCCAGGAAGCAUUUUCAGUUUUAUUCCCCACAUAGAUAACUGUCACUUACAAGAAACCUUCCACAUCUUUAUAUAUGUGCUGCACAGAGUUUGAUACCGUCAGAAAAGUCAUUGGGAAAUUUUCAUAAUAAAAACGCUUUGUUUAAGUAAUAUCCUGUAUCCCAGAAUUCAUAUUGUGAUGCAGGUAAGGCUUGAGCAUUGAUGGUGUAAAAGUUGUGUGUAGCCAUGCAAAUUCUGUAUUUCCAUUUUCUAUAGUUUGAGGGAGGCACUGUCAUAAUGUCUUUACAUUCAUCAAUGUGGUGAAUAAGUGUACAUAUCUGUUUCAGUUGGAAAAAUUGAGAUCUGAACACAGUUUGAAUUAAUAGUUUUAUCUACAGUUUUUUUUCA